UUCGCUUCUCCCGCUGCGUCUAUCUUGCCGACAGUUCAGUUGUGCAAAAACUAAAAAAUUUUAUACAGAAAAUUUAGCACAAAUUGCAAUUAGGCAAGAAAGUGAAUUUGACCAUUGAAAAUUGUGAGUUGCACACCAGCCGGGUCCGAUGUUGUCCGAGGAAGAGGCGGCGAUGGACUACGAUGAGUUGACGUUGAAUCCACUGCUGGCAGAAAUUGAGGCUGAGUCUAGUGAGUUGGACCCGAAAAAGGAGAAACAACGCCGCUACUGGACGGCAAAAGAAGAAACCCGCUUCUUCGAAAUUUGGGGUCGCGACAAUUGGCGUUUGACGCGCCAUGGGAAAAAUACGAUUUUUUUUGCACAGUGGGCCGUCGAAUUGAAGGAGCGUUUUAACAUUGAGGUGAAACCGGAGGAGAUACAAGCGAAGGUUAAUCAGACGCGCGCAAAGUUUAGGCAAGUGAAAAAACAGAUAUCGUCUGACAAGAACGCUGUGCGUUGGAAAAAGUUUGCCAUUAUCGAUAAAAUUCUCAAGAAUCAAUAUCGCCCAAAAGAUGCCGACCCGGUGCCGAAAGAGGCAUUGGAAAAUAACCGUGAUAUUGAUUUGAGUGAAGUGGCUUCGCCACCAUCACCUCAUCGGGCGGCACGGCAGUUUUCGCCCACAAGUAUUACAUCGAGUUCCAAUACGCAAGAAGCGUCAACCAAUGCAUCGGCGACGGAGAAUAAUAAUAGUGCCGUAACAUUAGAUGUGACGCCAAGCACUGAAGAUAUUGACAUCAAAGUUGAGAGCGAAUUUCUCGUUGACCCCAGCAUCACUACUACACUAUUCAAUACGACCAGUGAGCUUUUCAGUGAUCCAAUUGAUGAGGUAAAAUCUGAGUUUCCCAAUGAAUAUCACAAUUUUGGCAAUUAUCCACAGCCAAAUCAUUUCGGUACGCAACCACCAACACAGGAUGAUGACGAUGAGGAACCACAAUUGCAUACACUACAAACACCACAACAACUAUUAGAGGAGCAACUUCAGCAGCAGCAACAACAACAAUACCAGCAGUAUCGUACUCCGACAUCGUCGUCGGCGCCACCGCCUGAUACAACUACAACAACCAACUCACAACAACAUCCCGAGCAAAUAAUGCAACAAAAUGUACAACAAACUGGGUAUGAUCAUAGCGGCAAUACAUACGCACCGAAUCCAGGUGCUACCAAUCAAAAUCAUUUUGCGGCAACGUCUACGCCAACGUCAACGCGAGUUGAUGGUGCUGCCUCAUCAUCAUCAUCAUCCACAAUGCAGCAUAAUAGUCAAUAUGCUGCCAAUAAUAAUCAUAACAACGUUGGCAAUGACAACACUGGCAGUAGCGGCGCACCAAUGCAGCCACCGACAACGGGUCUCGGACGCGGUGCACCCGGUCAACCGCGGCGACGGCGCACAUCUCACGCCAAUAACAUGGUAGUAGCAUCGCAAAGCGGCGCCGAAUCCUUAGAAACAAUGUACCUUAAUGAGGUGCGUAAAAAGAACAUUUUACUUGCCGAACAACUGGAAAUCGCACGCAAACGUAUGCAAUUGGAGGAGCGCAAGCUCAAUCUAUUGGAUCGUUUCUUCCCGAAAUGCUUGGAAAUGCAAGAGAAAAUACUCGGGAAGCUCAAUGGCAAACCUUAAGCGUGCAAAAAAUGUUUGUAAAAUGUAUUGCUAGGGUAGUAGGCAUUGCAGCGAGCAAAAACAACAAGCAAGUGGAGCAUAAUAAAAUAUUCAAAAUUUUCAAAUAGGCUAAGAAAUAAGUUGAAAUUGCAGCAAAUAAUAGAGACUUAUUUAGUCCAUUGCGUAGUGAUGGCAUAAAAAUACUAAAGUUUCUCGUAAUAGGGCCGUAUGGAGACGUGAAUUGACGUGCGUGAAUUGACGUUGGGGCGCAAUAUAAUUGUUUUUUGUUUUUUAAUUCAGCCAAAAAUUUAGAAAAGACGGCACGAAAUCGAAAAGCAAGCUAGUUCAGCUGUUCCGAUUUCAAUUAUCAAGCAAAUUAAAACAAUUUGUAUUAUAAUAAGAUAUGUAUUAGUGUGUUUAGGUAUUGUCUUCUCCCAUUUCGUUACUCAAGUUGAGCAAAAAAAAAAAAUUAAUUUUCCGUUGUCUAUACCAGCAAAACUUAGUUUUUCCAAAAUAUCUUGCAUGUAACGAAAGUAUUUACCCUAAGCCAUGUGUGGGUUAUCUGGUAUUUGUAAUUGCGCUCUUUGAAUUAGCACAACAAACAAGCGUUUGUGCAAGAAAAAUGAUUUUAUGUUCGGACAAGCUCGUUUCGGGUACGUUAAAAAAGUUGGUGCAUCAGAAGAAAGAAAACUGUUGCAACAGCCGAGGGAGCAGCAUUGCAAUACGAGCCAACCCUUUAUGUCUGUGCGUCGGUUGACAAGGUCAUUUAAAUUCUAUAUAAAAAAUACUGUGAAAGAGGUUUAAAAAAUAAAUAAAAAAUGAAAUGUUCAAUACUUCAAAGGACCAUUAACGCUGCUGCUGGAGAAGAAAAGAGAACGUAAUCAAUUACCUAUAUAAUUAAUUGUAAAGAAAUUCACAUUAAAAAUUCCUUAUGCAUCAUGUUUAGUAAUAAUAAAAAUUCUAUAUAUCUAUAUACAUACAUAUACAUAAAAAACUAGGAAAGCAAAGUAGCAGCCUGACAUGCGAACAAACAAGAGAAAGUGCGUACUAAAAUUAAAGCAGCGACCCAAUGUCGCCUUAUUGGUUACACGAAAGUAGCUUGGAAAUUUCAACACUAGGUGUUUCGAAUGUGCAGAACAGAUAGGCGAUAAGGCAAGUUAAUAAACAUGAUUCUUCAUUUGUGAAACCACUAAAAAAAUAAACAGACGAAACAAAUUAAGAAAUGAAAUAAAGUUAAAUGAUUUUUAAUGGUAC